GUUUUAGAGAGGUGCUUACCAUAGAGAACUGUAAAAACCAGGGAAACUGCACGCCGGGUUGCACGAGACUUGCAGGCAGCGCCGCUGGGCCGCCUGACGCUUAUCAAACUCGCAAGUUAUUUUACAAGCAACAUCACAUUAACCAUAAGGCUCUCAGCCAUAUUAUUCCGUGCCCAAGUCGCUGUGGUCGCGAGAGCUAGGGGCGAAUGUGCCCGCUUGGCCCCCUUAAACCAUGCUGAGAGCGUCUGAGACGCCGAUAUUACUUUCUCUGCUGCUCUCGAGCGAGGGAAAGACUUUUCAGGCGGUGCAAACCGAGUUCGAGAAGGCAUUUCCGGACCGGUUCAGCGCGUGCUGCACCACUGUUUUGCUGCUUGAGGACCCAACUGUACUGCGGAUACCCCAGCGCCUGAGCGCCUGGUUCCUUCUGUCUCUUUGCGACUCGGGUGUGGACAGUGCCUCGCCUUUCCUGCCGUGCCUGGCCAAGGCUGCUGGCAGCGCUGUCGCUUCGGCGGUUGAGCGGAACUUCCUCCUGCAGCUGCUGCUUGGCCCGCUACCAGAGGAGGUGUUGGCGAGCAGCCCGCAGCGGUAUGCCGGGUGCUGCGACUUCCGGCUCCUGCGCACUGUUGACGUCGCAGCGUUACAGCAGCGCGUCCUAGCCAGGCUUCCAGGACAGGGGAGCGCGACAGCACCCCAGGCGCCAGGUGCCGCCCAGGGGCCAAGUAGCUCAGCUGCUGGGACAGGUGGCGCCGUCACAGCGCCACACCCAGCCGGCGAUGGGGCAGUAGCCCCGCCGCUGCCCGCUGCGGCGGCGGCGCAGCAGCUGUUGCUGGGCAUCCGCGGUGAUGGCGGCGCCAGCGCCAGUGGCAGCGGCAGGAGCGGGGGACAGCGCGGUGUGGAGUCGAUAUGGGAGCGGCCGGUGCCGGCGGUGCUGACGCCGCUGCCUUCCGAGCUCAAGUGGCUCAACCCGGACCUGCACGGGGAGCUGCUGUGGGAUUCAGACCUUGGGGAAAGCGCGGCCGCCAGCACUAGCAGCGCCGGCGCAACUGGCGCCCUCGCCGGCCUUGGCGGGCAUGCCCACGGCCACGGCCAUGGCGCCCACUCGGGCUUGACCGCACGGUCGGGCGGCACAGGCACAGCGGCAGGCGCAGGGGCGGCGGGAGCGGGGGCAGGCGCGGGCGGCGGCGGCGGCGGCGGCGCGGCCAGCCUGGCGCUGACGCGCGACCUGCUGGCCGCCGCCCUGCGCGGGCCGCUGCUGCCGGCGCAGCAGGCGGCCCUGCUUGCGGAGCUGGACGCUGACCCCCGCGCCGUGCUGCGCGUGGGGCUCACGCCGCGGCACCUGCCCAGCCUGGUGGAGAACGCGCCGGUGGUGGCGACAGAGGCGCUGCUGCGGCUGAUGCGCUGGCCGGAGCGGGCGGGCGAGUUCCUCGCGGUGCUGGCGCGCAGCGGGUCGGAGAUGAGCCUGCACAGCCUGGAGGUGGUGAACCGGCUCACGGCGGCAGGCGCGGUGCCCACCGAGUUCGUGCACCUGUACAUCACCAACUGCAUCAACUCGUGCGAGAGCACGCAGGACAAGUACGUCCAGAACCGGCUGGUGCGACUGGUGUGCGUGUUCCUGCAGUCGCUGAUCCGCAACAAGGUCAUCAACAUCCACGACCUCCUGCACGAGGUGCAGGCCUUCUGCAUCAACUUCUCUCGCAUCCGGGAGGCGGCUAAGCUGUUCCGGCUGCUGAAGCAGAUUGAGUCGGGCAUGCGCGGCGUGGACGGCAGCACAGCGCUGGGCGGCGGGGACGAGCACUUGGAUGGUGCGGGCGAUGCCGUCGGCGGGGACUGAAGGCCGCGGGGCUGACAGGUCAUCAUCUAGGCGGGUGAUAGCAGCGGCCACAGCGAUGAGCGCGCGGCCCACUCGGCCCAUACAGAGGCAGGCGGAAACGGCGAUGGAGUGGCAGGGCGCCCUAUGGAGCGGUUUAUAAGACGUACAGACGUUUCGUUGCCCCUCCUAGGCAUGACUUCUGGUUAACUAGAUAGCGGCUUGGAUGGUGAGUAGGACUAGGGAGUGAUUGGUACUGCGUAUGGGCUGUCGUGAGGGCGCGUGUGACUGACGGAUGGGCUCGGCACGCAGCUGCAGUGGCGCGGGAACCAUGCCGUGGCGUGGUCCGGGGCCCAGUUUGUCAGGGGGCCGAGCGGGGCCCAGCGCUUUUGCUGGAGGCGACCGCUGAAGCCUUCGUCACGACGGCCAUGGACUUCAUUUGCCGCUAACCAUGAUGGUU